CGGGCAGCCGAGCAGCAGCGGCCGGCGGCCGGCGGCAGCGCCGCCUCCCCCGCGGCCAUGGGCAGCCCCUAGCCGCGCCGCGCCGCCCGAUCAAGAAUGACUGUCAAAGCUGUAAAAAUGUCGUGCGCCGCUCCAAAUAUUUAUACUAAAGUGCCUGAUGGAGGAUGGGGCUGGACAGUCGCUUUUGCUUUUUUCUUUGUGGAAGCUCUUACGUAUGGUAUUAUAAAAUCAUUUGGAGUCUUCUUUAAUGAUUUGAUGGAAAGCUUUGAUGAAACCAACAGCAGGAUAUCCUGGAUAAUAUCAAUAUGCGUGUUCGUGCAGACCUUCACAGCUCCUCUGUCGACGGUGCUCAGCAACCGCUUUGGUCACCGCUUGGUGGUGAUGGUCGGAGGGGUGCUGAUCAGCGCCGGCAUGGUCGCGGGCUCCUUCGCCCGCACCGUGGUGGACAUGUACGUCGCCAUCGGUGUCGUUUCUGGCCUCGGAUACUGCCUCUCUUUCCUCCCGACUGUCACCAUUUUAUCACAGUAUUUUGACAAAAGACGUUCGCUGGUCACAGCGGUGGCAUCUACAGGAGAAUGCUUUGCAGUCUUCUCUUUUGCGCCAGCAAUUACUGCUCUGAAGGAGCAGAUCGGCUGGCGAUACAGCCUCCUUUCCGUCGGGGUGCUGCAGCUGAGCAUCGUCAUCUGCGGAUCGCUGCUGCGACCCAUCUUAAUCAAAGAGCAAGAAGAAGCAAAAGUCCAGCCCGCGGAAGAGCCCACAGAGACCAAGUACAUGCUUGAAAACGAGCAGACGCGCACCUCAAUAGAGUCCAUUGACUCAGGAGUAGAAAUAACUACCUCACCCAGCAAUGUGCCUGGAAAAACCAAAGUAGAGCCGAAAAGUGAAGAACCAAAGGAAAACGUACAGAUCCUUGUUGAAAAUAACAGCACCCCUACAGCACCAAAAACCAAACUACUGGACUUCUCUGUGAUGAAAGACUCGAGCUUUAUCUGUUACGCGUUCUUUGGUCUGUUUGCCACCCUGGGAUUCUUUGCUCCCUCACUGUACAUCAUUCCCCUAAGUCUCAGCCUCGGCAUCAGCAAAGACCACUCCGCGUACAUCCUGUCCGCAAUGGCGAUCGCGGAGGUCUUCGGAAGAAUUUCAGCUGGCUGGGUCCUCAACAAAAAGCCUAUCCGCAAGAUCUACAUUGAACUCAUCUGUGUUAUUCUGCUGUCUGUAGCACUGUUUGCCUUCCCCUUUGCCUCCGAAUUCUGGGGGUUGAUGACAUGUAGCAUAUUUUUUGGGUUCAUGCUUGGGACGGUGGCGGGAACGCACAUCCCGCUGCUGGCAGAAGAUGAUGUGGUUGGCAUUGCCAAGAUGUCUUCUGCAGCUGGAGUCUAUGUCUUCAUUCAAAGCUUAGCUGGGUUGGCGGGACCACCCCUGGCAGGUGUCUUAGUGGAUACAACACAGAACUACAGCUCGGCCUUCUACUCCUGCGCUGCUGGCAUGGUCCUGGGCGCCGUGUUUCUGUCCCUAGUGCGGCCGUGCAAGGUUGGACUGUGUCAAAGUCGGAAGCAGUGCGUAGAAGAAAACGUGGCAGAAGUCCCACAGGACUUGCCAGAGGACUUUAUUGAAAUGGAUAUUGGAAAAGCAGAUAAUUCAGGAAAAGGCUCUGAAAGCGUGGCAUAAAAAACUGUUUCUUCUCCAUCUAAUACCCCUAGUGCAAGACUGGGGAACAUAUCAGCUCUGCUCCACAUUUUAAAACUACAUUCUAAAGGGAAUGCAAAAUUUUAAAUGUGAACAGUUGCUAUCAACAACUUUUUUAUUAUUAGGCAACUUUUUUUUUCUUUAAACCAACAGUUAAAAGUUCCAUAGAAAAUAUGGAUAGCCACACAAGAAUAACAUCUGUCUAGCAUGAAGAUGGGAUUCACACUCCUGCUUUCCUCGUAAGUGACAAGCAUAGGUAAAGCCUUGCCUGAUCCCAAGUGGAAAAACGGAACGGGAACAUCCGAAGCAGCCCGGCGAACUGAGCUCAGUCUGACUGUCUUCGUGCACCUCAUACUGCAACUCCUGCACAGUCAAACAGAUUAUACUAACUAAAGAUGAGUAUUUCACAAGGCAGCAGUAACAAACUGAGUUCUCUUUCGGAAAACAUGGAUCCGUGAGGAAGGGGCUAGGCUGCAUAGCUGACUUUAAUUGUUAAUGUUCUUGUAAUUAACUUGAAUGUCACAAAUGCUGGGAAAUCAGAGGUUCCAUGCAUCUUUAUGGCCAGUUAUUAUUGCACAUAUUUCACUACAAGAUAAUUUUUCUUCUCCCAAUUAGUAUCCUUCAAACUGUUUUCUAUUGAGAGGCAGAUCUGAUGUACUGUUUCUAAUUUAAGUAGUAUUUAUUAACUUAUUCUCAGAUUGUUAAAGGCUGUUAGCUUAAGUAACUGGAGAGGAAAAAUAAUCUUUCUGAACAACAAAACUAUCUUUCCACCAAUCCUUUCAAUGCCUAUCUUGUAUUGCUAGCUUGUGAAAUUGUUGGGAAACUUUUAUUUUUACAGCAUAGAGUGUAGCUGUUUUUAAUAUGUAGGUCUUAAAUAACCCAAUUACUCUUUAAAAAAGAAGAAAGAGAUUUUCUUUAAAAAAAAAAAAACCCAAACUACAGAUAAAGCAUCUCUCUCCAUAAGGCCUCAGCCGGUAUAUUUGGACCCAGCUGAAGUGCUGUAACCAGAACACUAUGCAGCCCAGACUUGGCCCCGUAUGUCUUAAUAUCUAACCGUAGCCCAGACUCUCGCUUACAGGGGCGCAAGUAAAUCUUGGCUGCGUUGCUGAACGAACGUGCAAAACCCCGCUGCCCGCCAGCUGGGCCGCGGGGGUCUGCCUGGAGCAUCCUCGCGCCGCCCCUCGCAGCCCCCGUCCCUUCUCCGCCUCCCCAAAUCCCGGCAAAAGCAGCGAGAGGCUUUUGGCUGCUGAGUCCAGGGAGAAACGAACUGGACCCUGCGUGCAUUUUCACCUGAUAGCGUGUAAAGCAAAUUACAAAAGACAACGUACUGGCUGUCCAUUUAGUCUUAAUUGGAGCGAUGCCUCCUCCCAGUGACACAAGCUUGCUUACCCCACCUAUAUGCAUCUUCAUGCCUCUAGGCAACUCAGGGGGACAAAUAAAAAGUCUGUUUAGGUUCAAAGAACACAUGCUUUGGAAAAAAAAAAUGUAUUUAAGUGGAAGUGGCAUCAUGCAUUAACUGCUACACUGACAUGUCUGUGUAUUUUACCAGCCAUAGAAAUGUAGGACAAUCUGUUAAAAAAAAACCACAAAAACAAAACCCCCCUCCUCUUUGGGAAGGUGCUUGAUUUGUUUUUCUAGUUGUCUUAGAUGUCCAAAAAGUAACAGGCACUCUUGCAACAAAGUGGCUCGAGCAAUUCAUCGUCACUGCCUGCGACCCGUUGUGACCACGCUGCAGUUCGGUGUCCUUUAUGCGCCUCAGCACUUUAGCUCGCGCAGCAGAACCUCGCCACGUCGCGCCGGCGGCUGGAAGAGCCCUUGCCGCGCACCAGAGCUUUGUGAGUCGGCGAGCAGAUGAACAAAUACCAUGUUGCGUUAAAGUGUACUUUUAUUUAUUGUUAAUUUAUGAUACUUCAAGCGUUUUUGGUAAAUGUUCUGUAGAAUAUAAUUGUAAAAUUAUUGAAGUCUUUGCAAUACGAGACCUCACUACAGCACUUUGCUAUUACAGCUCUGCUUAGAAGUGGAAGGAGGCCUGCAGGUUCAGUGCGUGUGCGUGAAAGCUCCCUGCUCUGCACAUUUACCAGGCUCUACUGGAGCUUUUUUUUUUUUUUUUUUAAAUAACGCUUUCCAAUACAGAUCGAGUAACGUGUUUGUCACGUCCCUGUUUCUGGCGGUGCGGCUGCCGCAGCGGCGCGAGCAGGCGAGCGCGUGUGCGGGCUCAGAGACCCGCAGGCAGGCUUCGACGCGUUCAAAGCGGGAUUCACCGGUCUGUUUGUAAUGUACCCAGCGGACUCUGGAAACAUGAUGAAAACACUGAGUUUUGCAAUAAAC